AUGCAAGACAGUUUCAGCUUCCGAGUAGGCAAGACCUUCGACUCUCUACCUGGUUCAUGGUCCCUUGGAGAUGAGAAAAUCGAUAGAAGGGAAUGUAACAGGAACAAUGAGAGCCCUGAACCCGAAUCCGAGCUCCACCGAUACCACACAUAUUCAACGGAUGACUUCUGUAACGAGCUGGAGAAUGGCCUCCUAGAAUUUUUUGACGACAAGUUCUUAGUACAGGAAGAAGAACGUGGUUGGUUCGGUCAAUCUUUCGAGUCUAAAGCCAACCCUAAGACUAAGCCAGAUGAUUAUGAAGAGGAGCAGUGGGAAAUUAAAACCUCUAUUGGCUUAGACCUCACACUCGACUCCGAGGACGAGGAAGAUGGAUACGAUAAAUUGGCUGUUGGAAUGGAAGACUCUGUAGAUCGUCCUGAUAUGAAUGAGUACGUAAACGACGACGAUGAGACAGACAGUGAUGAGGUUCCCAAUUUGCUCAAGGGUUUCUCUGGAGACCCACUUGAAAUUGGCAUAAAAUCGCUUUUGAAGAGGACGAGUAUUGAUGAUCAAUUAGUCUCAUCUACAGUAGAAAAACGUGUUCGAUUUCGAGACGAAGAGGAGCAUGAAGGAUCGAAAGAUCGUUGGGCUGCAGCAGUUCCAGAUUACAUACGGAAUCCAUCAAGAUAUACACAUUAUAUGUUUGAUUCAUCUAGUGACAUGGAUGACAAAUCUAACGAGCAAGCCUAUUUGAACUUCCGUAUGCAAUUUUCGAGAUUGAUGAAGUCAGAUACUAUGGAAGCCGAGGAAGUUGCUUGUAUUGCUGUUUCAAAACCAGUCGCAUUGGUACAAAGAAAGAUAUCAACUGAUGCUAGUAAGGAACUUGCGCCUUGCAGAAUCAGGCCAAUUGCUUUUCCAGACACUGAUGAUUGUGAGAUGGAGGAAGAUGAACCGGUGACAGGAUCAAGCAGUGGACCGGAAGAGCCGGCGUGCGGAGAACUAUCCCCCGCCAAUUUCGUACAAACACCAGCUUAG